AUGUCGUUCGGCACGAAGGUUACUCUUAACUCGGGCCACGAGAUUCCCACCCUCGGUUACGGCACCUGGCAGUCCGCGCCGGGCGAAGUAUCCGUUGGAGUAUAUGAGGCUCUCAAAGCUGGAUAUCGUCACUUGGAUCUGGCAAAGGUCUACGAAAACCAAACAGACGUUGCCAAGGGAUUGAAAAAGGCAUUCGCAGAAAUCCCUGGCCUUAAACGACAGGACAUCUUCAUUCUCUACCUCAUUCACUGGCCCGUCGCAUUUUCGAAGACCAGUGACGAUAAAUUAUUUCCCUUAACCGCCGAAGGAAGUAAUGAGGUCGUAAUCGACCGCGGCGUGUCGAUUGUGGAUACUUGGAAAGCGCUUGUCAACCUUCCAAAGUCCAAAGUCCGCUCUAUCGGAGUUUCCAACUUUGCCCCCGAGCAUCUGCAGGCUAUCAUCGACUCUACCGAGGUCGUUCCGGCGGUGAACCAAGUCGAGCGCCACCCACUGCUCCCCCAAGAUCCGCUCGUCAAGUACGCGAAGGGAAAGAAUAUUCACCUCACCGCAUACUCUGCCUUCGGCAACAAUACUAUUGGCGAGCCUCUCCUACUCGAGCACGCGGUUAUCAAGCAAAUCGCAGAGAAGAUCGGCGCAACCCCGGCGCAAGUUCUUCUCGCAUGGGCACAGGUUGGGGGACACUCCGUCAUUCCUAAAUCCGUCACUGCUUCUCGCAUCAAGUCAAACUUCGAAGAAGUCAAACUUGCGGAUGAAGACAUUGCCAUCAUCAACAAGAUAGGCGAAACUCCUCGUCGAUACAACAUCCCCAACACUUUUAACCCUAAGUGGGAUAUCAACAUUUGGGGCGAAGAGCUAGAAAAGAACACAAGCAACACCGUCAUUUGA